UUAUUGCUUGUCUAUUUCUGCAGAUUUUUGCUGGUGCAUUCCAUCGGGGGAAUUAUGAACCUCCCCAUGGUUUCUACUUUGAAGUUAAUGAUGACUCUCCUAUUGUUCAGGAUGACAUAAGUUUGUUUGAUUACAACGUUGAAGAGCGUGUCAAUGACUUUGUUGCUGCUGCAGUCUCACAGGCUAAUGUAACUCGCACAAAUCAUAUAAUGUGGACCAUGGGGACAGAUUUCAAGUAUCAAUAUGCGCACACAUGGUUCAGAAAUAUGGACAAGCUUAUUCAUUAUGUCAAUGAGGAUGGCCGUGUUAAUGCCCUCUAUUCUACUCCAUCAAUUUACACUGAUGCAAAACAUGCAGCAGAUGAAUCCUGGCCAAUCAAGACUGAUGACUUCUUCCCAUAUGCAGAUCAGGCAAAUGCUUACUGGACUGGGUACUAUACUAGUAGGCCAGCUUUGAAACGCUAUGUCAGACUGCUGAGUGGUUACUAUUUGGCAGCAAGGCAAUUGGAGUAUUUUAAGGGAAGGAAUAAUUUGAGGCCUAACACAGAUAAUUUGGCUGAUGCUUUGGCUGUCGCUCAACACCAUGAUGCAGUUAGUGGAACAGAGAAGCAGCAUGUGGCUAAUGAUUAUGCAAAACGGCUUUCAAUAGGUUACACGGAGGCUGAGGAGAUGGUGGGGUCUUCACUUGCAUACUUGGCAGAGUCAUCAGAUAUUGCAGGCAGAAACCCAAUGAUCAAGUUUGAACAGUGUUCUCUUUUGAAUAUAAGCUACUGCCCUCCAUCAGAAAUGGAUUUCUCUCAUGGGAAAAGCUUGGUGGUUGUUGUCUACAAUUCUCUUGGUUGGAAGAGGGAAGAUGUGGUUCGAAUUCCUGUUAUCAGUGAAUCAGUUACUGUUCAGGAUUCAAGCGGAAAAUUAAUUGAAUCACAGCUGUUACCUAUUUCCAAUGUUUCUGUGGGCAUAAGAAAUUACCAUGUUAAGGCAUACUUGGGUAAAUCUCCCAGCAUUACACCUAAGUAUUGGCUCACAUUCUUGGCAUCUGUUCCGCAGCUUGGUUUCAGUACCUUCAUUAUCUCAGAUGCAAAACAGGCAGGUUCUAGUGCAAUUGCAUCAAUGUCACACACAUCAGCAGGAAGUGACAAGGGUACCAUAGAAGUUGGACAAGGAAAUCUGAAGCUUAUUUAUUCUACUGAUGAAGGCAAACUUACUGAGUAUAUUAAUAGUAGAAGCUUGGUCAAAGCGUCAUUACAUCAAUCAUACAGUUUUUAUGCUGGAAGCAAUGGAACUGAUGAAGAUCCUCAGGCCGCUGGAGCAUAUGUCUUCCGUCCAAAUGGUACAUUUCCCAUAAGUUCUGAAGGACAGGAUACUUUAACUGUUCUCCGGGGACCAAUACUGGAUGAAGUGCAUCAACACAUCAAUCCAUGGAUAUAUCAGGUCACCAGAGUGUACAAGGCAAAGGAACAUGCUGAAGUUGAAUUCAGUAUUGGCCCUAUUCCUGUUGAUGAUGGAAUAGGGAAAGAAAUUAUAACUCAAAUUGCUACUACCAUGGAUACCAACAAGACGUUCUAUACAGAUUCUAAUGGGCGUGAUUUCAUUAAAAGGAUUCGUGAUUAUAGAACAGAUUGGGACCUACAAGUGAGCCAACCCAUUGCUGGAAAUUAUUACCCAAUUAAUCUUGGAAUUUACAUGGUGGAUAAUAGGACCGAGUUCUCAGUAUUGGUUGAUCGAUCAGUGGGCGGAUCCAGUAUGGUGGAUGGACAAGUAGAGCUGAUGCUUCAUAGGAGGUUGCUUCAUGAUGAUUCUAGAGGUGUUGCAGAGGCUUUAAGUGAACAGGUCUGCAUCCUAGAUGAAUGCACAGGACUAAUGAUCCAAGGAAGUUUUUAUCUCAGAAUUGACCCUCUGGGUGAGGGUGCUAAAUGGCGACGUUCAGCGGGACAAGAAAUAUAUUCUCCAUUUCUUUUAGCCUUCACAGAACAGGCUGGAGGUAACUGGACAAAUUCUCAUAUAUCAACCUUUUCAGGAGUGGAUCCCUCCUAUAAUUUACCCGAUAAUGUUGCACUUUUAACUCUCCAGGAGCUUGAAGAUGGAAACAUUCUCCUUCGGUUGGCACAUCUAUAUGAGAUGGGAGAGGAUAAGGACCUUGCAGUGAUGGCAAACGUGGAUCUCAAAAAGCUGUUUCAUGAAAAGAAGAUCAGUAAAGUAGUGGAGAUGAACUUAUCUGCUAAUCAAGAAAGAGCAGAAAUGGAGAACAAGAGACUAGAAUGGAAUGUUGAAGGUGCUGCAAUGAAUGAACCCAAGGCGACAAGGGGAGAGCCUGUUGAUCCUGCAAAGCUAGUUGUGGAGUUGGGUCCUAUGGAAAUCCGCACCUUCAUCAUCACGUUUGAUUACAUUUUCCUCCAUACAGUUGAUCCCUGAAAGGCUCAAAAUGCUUUGUUGGUUUGGUUCCUGACAAAUUCCAAGAAAUGCUUUCCUCUUUUAUAGGUGAAGAAUCACAAUUCUUGGUGAUUCCAUGCUGCAUCUCCCUAGUCUCGAGUAAUGUUUGCUCACUCGUUUUCCCAGAAGAAAGUUGACCCCUUUAGUUGCAAGGAAAAAAAUUGCAAGGUUAUUACUUGUUGGGCAGGGAUACAUGAACAAACUAUAUUAGGCAUAUUAUAUUACUUUAUGUUGAUUUAUUUUGUUGUAUUUCACAAGGGUGGGGGCAUCAUUUCUCUGCCCUAUGUGUCUGGGCGCAGGGCCACGCGAUCAGGGAACAUUCAUUUCCACAUUUGUGUAUUAUUAUAUAUUAGAGGUUAUGGCAUAUUUAUAAUUUUGUACCUUGUUUUACCCUUUUGAGACAUAUUUGUAUCCCAUGUUUGUUUCAUAGACCUAAUGAAAUUGACUUCAGUACCUA